AGGUGAUUUGAUUGGUCUGAAGUGGGAGGAUUAUCUGGACUGGCUCAGAUCUUCUGUGUUUUAUAUGGAAGGGUGUAUCAUUAUCUGUCUUACUGACUGGGUUGAGCAGGAGGUUUGUUCUGAUUCAUAUUUCCAAAAGUCUCCUGUUUUUAUGAGAGAAGUGCACAAUGGUAAUCGCAGGGCAUUCGGCUUCUCUGGCGCUGCUGCUUUCACUUGCUUUUGGUGUUGCACAUACCAUUCGAUCUUUGAAGGAUGGACCCAUGAUUGAUGCUGAAGGAAGACAAUAUAAAUCUGCAGUGUUAACUACUGGAGAAAACAGUGGGUCAGACUCCAGUGAUGAGACCGCUGUGCAUGUCCGAUGCACAGAAACAUCCAUGAUCAUUACGGUAAAGGCUGACCUGUUUAAAUAUGGACGUCUUGUCUCUGCUGGAGAGCUGUUUUUGGGAGAAGGUGAGCACACAGAGAGUAGUCAGUGCCAAGCUGUUGCAGUGACUGACACUGAACUUGUCAUCGAAGCUGGACUGCAGGACUGUGGCUCCAAAUUAACUAUGUCUGAGGACUUUGUGACCUACUCCAACCAGCUGAUGUUCUCACCUGCUACCAGUCACCAUGGCGUUACCAGGAUGAUCCGUGCUGUAGUCCCUGUUAACUGCCACUAUAAGAGGACGCACUUUGUGAGCAGUUACCCUCAGCAGCCUCUGGUCCUCUCCGCUUCUGCAAAGUAUUCUGCUUUCUCCUUAAAGCUGAUGACUGGUGACUGGAGAAGUGAAAUGUCUUCUACGUUUGAGACCUCCUGCACCUUGAGACUUCUUACACUGGUCCUGAUGCAGAACAAAGACUACUCUUUGACAGCUACGUUGCCACUCUGACACCAGAUGCAACAUCAGUCCCCAGAUACUACUUUGUUGAAAACUAUGGGUAAGAGGUUCAGCUACAUGUUUAUGUGCCACUUGACUAUAAAUGAGCCACACAAAUGUGACUCAAGCACAGGAAUAAAUCAGUCAUUUGUAGUUGGAUAGUGCAUGCUGAGCUACUCCAAUGGUCUUUGUCAUCUCUGUGAAAAUGAUCUGCCAGAUAUGUCACCGAUGCAAAAGAGGAAGGAUCUUUAGAAUAUGUACAUCAAAAUAUAGCCAUGUUUUGCUAUCCAAAUGAAAUUCAUUUGCUUUGUGUUGAACCUGUCAUAUUGAAACAAGUACUUUAGUUUGUUGCCUUUUAAGGGAUUGCCUAUACAUGUGUAAUAUAAUAGACUACUGUUCAAUCAGAUAAUGAUGUGUACUCUUGGAUAUGAUGGUGUUAUGCUAAAGCUGGUCACUCCUUGAGCUGCACCCAGUCUGAAGAGGAUACUGGAGACGAUCAGGUCUGCUUUCUUUUUCUUCUGGGGCCUCUUUGUUGUCUGUUUUAGCAGAUUUCUUUAAUUCACUUUAUCCUAUUUAACCACUCUACUGUAGCUUUUAAAUUUUUAAUAAAGUACUCUACUUUC